ACACACACACCUGCACACCUGUGUGUCAGAGUGUAAAAAUGUUAACUGACGUGAUUUUGGAGGAAGAGUUUGACAAGAAUGGAGAUCCUUGGUACGACCCGCAGGACCUGGAACACGAUCUCCAUUUGGCAGCGGAGCUGGGGAAAACCCUCCUCGACAGGAACCAUGAGCUGGAGCAGGCCCUGCAGCAGAUGUACUCCACCAACCAGGAGCAGCUGCAGGAGAUAGAGGCAUCUAGGCCACGACAGUGUGUGCGUGGACGGACUCUGGUCACCUCAGGGCUCUUUCUAUGACCGAGACCGAUGCCAAGACCCGGAGGAGGAAAACACAGCUCUCCAGCGCUCCAUCCAGACCCUUCAGAGCCAGAUAGCAGUGGAGCGGAGCCGCAGGGAGGCUGCAGAACGGGAGAGUGAGCUGACGGUCAGGGAGAACAGAGGCCUGGAGCAGCGGCUGGCCAUGCUGGACGGCUGCCGGGCCAGGCAGAGGGAGCUGGAGGCCGAAGUGGAGCAGCUGCGGCUCCUUUGGCGCGCAGACUGUGCCAACAGUGUGAAAAGACCAGACCAGCUACUGUUGCCCGAUACAGUAUUCUUUGCCUCGGAAGAAAGAUCCAGCCCGGGGCAGGAUGAGAUGGAGGAGAAGGUCGAAAAGGAUGAGGAGCAGAGAAGACACAGCCAGCAGAGGAGAUUCAGCGACAGUUUUUUGAGAGCGACGAACCCAGACGAGAUUCGCCGCGGCCACGAGCAGCUGUGCAUAAGGCGGGCGGAGGCGGUGAAACGGAGGGGCAUCUCUCUGCUCAAUGAGGUGGACGCACAGUACAGCGCACUGCAGGUGAAAUACGAUGAGCUGCUGCGGCGGUGCCAGCAGGCGACAGACGAGCUCAGCCAUAAAGCCGUCCAGACGCCCAGCACUCCCUUCGCCAGCAUCCGGACCCGCCGCCGCCUGUCCAGCUCCGCUACGCUGUCUGAUCUGACGGCGGGUCUGGAAGACGGCCAGCAGCCCGAGUACAAGGCUCUCUUCAACGAGAUCUUCACCUGCAUCCAAAAGACCAAAGAGGACCUCAACGAGAACAGACGUCCGGUCAAGCGUAGUGAUUCCAAGGGUUCUGCAAAAUGAUCGUAUCAUUCAUCAUCCUGGGGACUCGUCCGUGUUUGACAAAGGAGAAACUUUGAGGUCGCUUUGCUGUAAUAACAUCCGGUCCCUGUACGUGUUACACAUGCUGCAGUCCUCUUAUCUCCCGUCAUUGUGACGCACCUGUGCUUUUGUUAGUCAGCACUGCUCCUUUUAUUCCGUCCUUAUCAAAAAAUGAAGUGUUACAUAAAGAGAGAACGCGUUCCAAAGUUCAACAACAAAUGCAAACAAAUGCUGUAACUAUGGUGAUAACUAUGGUGUUCUUUACCACUUUACGAUGGUAAAGAUUUAUUGUAUGGGUAGAUAUUUAUAUAAAUAUGUUAUCAGAUUCAGAUGGUAGAAAGUAUGCUUAAAGUAUUAUGUCCGCCUCCAACAGUGUUCAUAUAUAUAGUGUUGACCCUGUGCCCACUUGAUCAUUCGGUGUUUGGGAGAGAAAUGCAGACGUUGAACGAUGUUUGUGUGUCGAUUUGAGUUGGAAAUGUAGCUGCUAUGUACGACUUAUGUAAACAGAAAUGUUGGAAUGUUGUAAUAGGAUGAAAAACUGUAGCAAUAAGUAACUCAGGAGUUUAUGAUGAUUAGCUUAACGGCAAGUGUAAGUUGGUUUUUGUAAGUUGGGCAAUAGUUGGUUCGUUCACCGGUUGGGGGUCACGUCACCAGAGAAAUAUCAGUGGACACUGGAAACUGUUCUUAAUAGUAUGUGCUUUCUGUUUUCAUGUCUGCACAGCUUCUGACUCUCUAUACCAGUAGGACACAUAACAGCUCUACACUUUUUAUGACUGAAUCACAUUUUCUGUUUUAUUUAUUCUUUUUGUUUAGUUUUUUUUUUUUUUUAGGUUUGUAAGUUUGUAAGAAGAUUAAAUUAUAUAUUUUUUUUGUUGCUAAAUAUGCAGAGCAGCUGAGAGUGACCAGAAGUUAAAUUAAAUGUACACUGAGGUGC